AUGGUUUUGGUUGCAAAGGUAGUAAUAGCGAGUCUGAUAAUUAUUCAGACCAUGAUGAGGAUAAACCAGGGGCCCGACACUCUUUUCAAGAAAUUGCCUGAUCCCAAAAUGGAUACUAACCCAGACAUUGAGGAGGAGGUUGAUGAGUUCUUGAGAAACCUCAGAAGCCGAAGAAAAUCAUUAAGAUUGGAGUCCCUGCACUUGAGCACUUCUAAGACGAGUGACUUGUUUGUCAUUCUUCCUGCUCCAAAGAAUGUGCCAAUGACAAACAGAACAUUUGUUCUAAAUGUUUUGACAAAUAAGAAGCCUACAGCUACUAUAACUAGACCAAAGCAGGAGACAAAGCCAAAAAUUUCUGAAAAGAGGAAACUCCCACAAGAGAGUGAUGAUGAGGAUUAUGAUGAGACUAAGAUUAUCCCUGAUGCAGAGGAAGAGGCUACUCCAGAUACAACUGUUGAUUCUGCUCCUGAUGCACAAGAACCAUAUGCUGGUUUGGAUAAUGAAGCUUUCAAUCAGUUGGUUGGCUCAGGAAAAUUGCAUAAGUUGAAUAGCAAGUUGGUCAAUGAAGCUGAGGUUUUGCCAGAGAAGGAUGCUUGGGUCACUAAGGCUCACAAUGAUCCAGAGGCCAAUCCAAAGGGUACUGCCGUCAAUGAUCCAGUCAACAAUACAUGCAAGAAGAAGCACCACAUCACAUAUCUUGCUCAACAGUGGUCUGCCAGCCAAUUCUCUAGGAAACAGACACAAGCCAAAUAUGGCUUUUAA